ACUUCCGGGAAAAUAAUGAGAAUUUGUCAUCUAUCACAACAAGAUGUUUUAGACAUCAACAGCUGAUCGAGGCACACAGCAGUUUGUGCCAUACCAUGUUUUAUUAGAUUUCCACCUUGACCAAAGAUUGAAUUUGUUGCAAUCACCUUGGGACCAUGGGAAACUCUGGAAUCAAGCAACACAUCGAGACAGCACAGAAAACUGGGACUUGCCAGCUGUGUAAAUUAGGACUGAAAGAGUUUCCAGAGGAUCUCCAGGCACUGACUGGUAAUCUGCGCACCUUAGAUCUGUCAGAGAAUAAGAUCCAACUGCUGCCACCACUGAUUGGCAGAUACAGUCAUCUGAAGAGUCUAAACCUGAGCAACAACAAAUUAGGUUCGCUUCCGGAGGACAUUGGAAAACUGAAGAAAUUGGAGACACUGAAUCUUGAACAUAACAGCAUUGCCACACUUCCAGCAACAGUGAAAAACCUGUCACACCUACGCAACAUUAAUCUCUCUGGAAAUGGCCUAAGACUGUUUCCAACUCAGUUGGGUGGUUUAAAAAACUUAGAUGGUGUUGAUCUCUCUCGGAACUCAAUAACGGAAAUACCAGAAUGUGUGAGUGCAAUACAAGCAAUUGAAAUCAACCUUAAUCAAAACCAGGUAUCUCGCCUACCUGAAGCAUUAGCUGACUGCCCUCGCCUUAAGGUUCUUCGAUUGGAAGAAAACUGUCUGGAGAUCUUGGCGUUUUCUCCGAAGAUAAUGAAGACUUCCAAAAUCGCAUUGUUUGCUAUAGAUGGUAAUGUGUUUGACAUGAAAGCCUUCCACAACCUAGAGGGUUAUGAUGAGUAUAUGGAAAGAUACACGGCAACAAAGAAGAAAUUCAACUGAUAUUUUCAUCCCUGGUGCUUGAGGGAUGUCAUGACCCACCUAUUUGAAUUGUGUUAAGACACUUAGACAAACAGAAUAUGCUGGAUAACUCAAGGUCACCUGGGCCAUUGACCCCAGAAAAUACAUUCUGGGCUAAAUAUGGGUCCCCAGGUAAAAUACUUCUAGAACCCGGCACAUCAUUUUCACAGAUAACACAUGUUCACAAAAUCAGCAUAUAUAGUUGUUGUUGUUUUCUAUGGUAGAUCAACAAUAAUGACUACACAUUUUACAAAAGAAAAUGAAACAUGAAGGUUGAGCAUAAUUGAACUUAUGUCUUUGUUACAGUGUUCUGAAAGAUGUGUAUUUGAAGGAUUUGUAUUAAGGAAAUUAAUGUGAAAUCAGUUGUAACAAUAUAUGAUUACAAAGAAAUCCUGAAAAACUAAACUGGUCUGGACAAGGUAUUCAGAUCUGCUUGAAGCUGAGAAAUGGUUUGAAUUAAGUGCAUUAACCUGGAUAGUGAUGGCGGAAGGAAGGGCAUCCUUUCAAUCUUUCAUAGUUUUACUGAUUUUCUGCUGACCUUUUGUCUUCAGUAGGUCAAAAUAUAAAGAGAAAAUUAGCCUAACUCAUUAUUAUGUUUUUGUCAGGCAGAAACUUGUUUGCGUUGGUUGGUUUAUACGUAAAACUAAAUGAUAAUCCUGUUGUGAGUGCAUGAUGCUUGUAUGAUCUACAUUACACUACUGUACUUUCAGCAACCAAUGCUUGCCGUAAAAGGCCACUAACGGGAUUGGUGUCAGGCUCGCUGACUUGGUUGCUGCAUGUCAUUGUAUCCUAUUUGUGCAGACGGAUGCUCAUGAUAUCAAUCACUGGAUUGUCUGGUCCAGACUCGAUUAUUUACAGACUGCCAUCAUAUGUUUGGAAUAUUGCUGAGUGCGGCGUACAACAACAAACAAACAAACAAAAACACUACUGUACCUGUAUGUACCUGUUUGAGGAGGCCUUUAUGAUAAUGGGUUUGCAGAGGGCAGAAACAUUCAAUGCAUUCAUCAGUGUUAAGGGUUAGCAGCUUAUAUUUGUAGCUGUUUUCCAAUCCAUUAAACAUGUUAAAGAUAGUGUGGUAGAAUAAAUAUGACUAAAUUUGUGGAUUUUGGUAUUGUCACUAGUCAAUUGUUUGAUAGGCAUUACUGAGAAGUUGACGGUUGACAAAGUGGUCAGAAUUUAUGGAUAACAACUUCUUUACUGUUAAGGUGGCCGAAACAUCGCCUUUAAGGUUAAUAAAGAAGUUGUUAUCCAUAAAUUGUGUCUACUUUGUCUCUUGUCAGUUGAGUCCAUAAACCAUAAAACUUAAAAGAGUGUCGCCCAACUUGCCUGAAUGUCCUAACUGCUGCUGCAGACUCUCUGUGGAAUAUUGUUGAUGUCAGGAGUAUUACUCCGUGUCUUUCUAUUCUCUAACCUAUGAUGUGUAUCCUACUGUUGUUUUGUUGAGUCUGUUACAGAUACCUGAUACACUGUACCACUUGAUUUCAGGUAAAAAUUGAGACAGCUGUUAAACAUUCUUGUGUAGUUAUGAAGCAGAGGUAAUCAAAGCAAGCAUCAAAAAAUGUUUUCCUCAAUAGUUGAUAUUUUGGCAUCAAAUAAAUGUUUCCUAUGUCCAUGAUGCCCCAGUGGUGAUGCUGGGUUCGUCAAUCUAUGCUGGUUGUACCUUGGGGAUUCUGGGUUAGAAUAGGUCCCCAGCAAUCUAUGCUGGUCGUACCUUGGGGAUUCUGGGUUAGAAUAGGUCCCAAGCAAUCUAUGCUGGUCGUACC